AUGUUGCAACAGCGAAAAUGGACCGAUAUAUCGACGGAGUUAAUAAAAGAUCCAGACAAUUUUGAAUUAUGGCAAAGACUAAUUGAAUCAGCAGAAUAUAAUGAUAAGCAAGGAAUUACCAAGUCAACUCCACAGUUUCAACUAGAUAUUCUUCGUGUUUCGUAUGACAAGUUUUUGAACAAGUACCCAUUCCUAUACAAAUAUUGGGUAAGACUAGCUGAAUGGGAGUUUAAGUUGUGUGGUUGUGAGAAGGCUAUAAAAGUGUAUAAAAAUGCGUUUCAGCAUUUACGCUUUUGUAUUGAAUUAUGGUAUUCGUAUUUGCAAUUUCGGGUGAAUACUAUCAGUAACAAUAUUGACCAAGUGUUGGGCUUGUUUGAAGAGGCAAGGAGGUUGAUUGGGACUCAUUUUUACUCGUAUGAGUUUUACAAUUUGUAUUUAACAUUUCUUGAAAAUUAUGCUACUGAAGAGAAUCAGUUUAUGAGGAAAUAUUACAUAUUAUUGAGAAUCAUCAUCGAGAUACCACUUUAUCAUUACGAGUUUUUCUAUAAAAAGUAUUUUAAAAUUAUUCAACAAAUUGCUGAUCCCAAGGAAUUGACCAAGGAGAUAGGAUAUAUCGUACCAGAGAAGGAUCUGCUCAAGGAUCGUAAGAAAUUGCUGGCCCAGUUGAAGAAAACGUUUAUUGAUGCAUAUAUCACCACUCAAUUCAAAGUGUAUGAAUUAUAUCAGUUUGAAAGAAAAAUUCAUAAGCAUUAUUGUGAUGUAGCACUUAUACCUAGACAAGAAUUAGAUUCAUGGGAAGAAUAUUUUGAUUUUUUGGAAUUGAAGAAUUACCCACGCAGUUAUAUUGAAAUGAAUUUACACAGGUACCUAUACAUUACAGCAAACUAUCCUCAGUCAUGGAUCAAAGCUGCAGAUUUUUACAUAUAUCACGAGUUAUACAAUCUGACUAGGCAGGUGUUAAUCCGAGGCUGGAAAUAUUUAGGUGAUUAUAAGAUUCUAAUCAAGUUGAUUGAUUUGGAGAUUUUCCUAAAACAGUUUCAUCGUGCAAGAGACUUGAUAUUGAACUAUUUGAAAUACAGCAUCACUAUCCCAAUACCGGUAUAUGAAAAACUACUAAAUAUAGAGUAUAUUUUCCACCAAGAUGUAGACCAUUUGUUAGCCCUGUUGAAAGAAAUUAUUUUGGAAACUCAAAAUGACUGGUUCUUUACUGUUUUAACAAAUUAUACUAUAGAUAGGCAAAAAAAAAUAAAGUUUCUAAAAGAAAUGAAAGAAUUUUCCGGGAGAGAAUUUUAUGAAAAGGCUUUGAAAGCAUUGAGUUAA